AUGCCUAUCCACCAAGGACUCCUUCCACGCGAAGGCUUCUGCGCUGAUGUGGUGGUGCGGCUGAUCCGGCAAACGGCGUUGAAUCCAGCUUUGAUCCUCCCUCUCGUGCUCCUUGCCCGUUUCACCAAAAAGGGCCAAGAUCUCUCGAUUCUUCACCCGAGUGCCUCGCAGAACCUCAAGACGCUCUUGUACCUUGGGCUCGUGCGAUGGGCCAGUAGUUGGUUAUCCGAAAAGACUAGAAACAACUGGUCUGACGACGAAUAUGACUGGGAGCGCGAGAUUGUGCUCGUGACAGGCGGUGCAGGAGGCAUUGGCGGUCGAGUCGUCAACUUGUUCGCGGAGAUGGGUGUUAAAGUGGUUGUGCUUGAUAUUCAACCCAUGUCUUUUACUACUUCGGCCAACGUGCACUACUAUCAAUGCGACCUUCGAUCACCCGAGAACGUGGAAGCUGUUGCCGAAAAGAUCAGAACUGAAGUUGGACACCCGACCGUUGUUAUCAAUGUCGCUGGAGUAGCCAGAGGAAAGACCAUCCUGGAAUCUCAGCCAAGUGACAUCCGCUUCACUUUCGACGUCAACGCAUUUGCGCCAUUCUGGACAGCAAAGACAUUUCUCCCCAACAUGGUUGAGAACAACCACGGCAUGAUCGUCACUCUGACCUCUUAUGCAAGCUGGUUGACGAUCCCCAACCUUGUCGACUACGGUGCCUCAAAAGCAGCUGCUUUGGCCUUCCACGAGGGAUUGACUGCCGAGUUGGCUACGCGAUACAAUGCGCCCAAAGUCAGGACUGUCAUCGUACACCCGGGACCUACCAACACUGCUCUCUUCAAGGGUUACUACCAGAACACUGAUUUCCUGAUGCCACCUCUGGCGCCUGAGACAGUGGCUGAUGCUGUAGUUAAGCAGGUUCUCACUGGGCGCAGUGGUACUGUCAUCAUUCCGGGCACUGGAAGCAUACUAGCUGCUUUGCGGAUGCAGCCAGAUUGGUAUGCAAUCCCUGUGAGAGCCAAGGCGCAGUCGUACAUGAAAAACUUCAGUGGUCGCCAGGUUAUCGAGGAUGUGGAUGCUUCUUUUGAAAAAGAUGGCCAUGAGAAGGGUGCUGCUGAUAAUGCAGGCGAGAGCACAGUUCUGGUUUCUGGCAGUUAA